CUGCCGGCCGCCACGCUCAAAUCAAUCCUUACGGCCGUCCCGACUACAACCACAUCAGCUCGCUAAACAGACACGCCAAGAUGAAGGUGUAGCAGUCCCAACAUAUCGACUCACUUCGGCGAUAUCCUCAUCUAAUCCUUAUUCGUGCUCCCACCCGUCUCGCGCAGAGAAGCAGCGGCAAAAAUGGCUGUAAAAGCUCUCAUCUCAACCCUAGAGGAUGAAAUUCUCGACCCCGAAGAGGAAACAUUCUUUCUCUUCUCCCACAACAUCCCGUCCUCGAACCUGGGCUUCAUCGACCCGAAAGCCACCGAACUCUCCCUGACGCUGGCGGGCAGAGACUUCACGAUCCACCAGUCCCCCACGGUCCUCUCAUCGACCCGCGCCGGAGGCACGACCGGGGCCGUCCUCUGGAAAAUAACCCCCCUCUUCGCAACCUACCUCUCCUCCCCAUCCUCCCCCUUCACCCCGCUCUUCACACCAUCCUCGACAAUCCUCGAACUAGGCUGCGGCAUCUCCCCGCUAACAGCCCUCCUCCUCGCCCCGCGCGUCGCCCGCUACGUCCUCACAGACCAGCCCUACGUCGCGCGCAUGAUCCACCAGAACCUCGAAGCGAAUCCCCUGCCAAAGUCCUCGUCAUCCUCCUCGUCCUCAUCAACCUCACGCCGUUCACGAAAAGCAGCAGCAGCAACAAGCUCAUCAACAACAACAUCGUCAACUGCCUCGUCAUCAUCACCAGGAACAAUCUCCUUCCACCCCCUAGACUGGGAACUCGACACCCCAGACCCCUCCCUCACCGGCGUUCCCCCUUCUUCCGCAAACAGCUUCGACGUCGUGGUGUGCUGCGACUGUAUCUACAACGAGGCCCUCGUCGAGCCACUCGUCUCCACCACCGCCGACCUCGCUCGGUUACGUGUACGUGCCCAGCAGGAAGACCAAGACCACGACGACGAUAACAACCCCUCCUUCUCUUCAACAACGGCCCGGUCCGAGCCGUGCGUCUGCAUCGUGGCGCAGCAGCUCCGCAGCCCCGACGUCUUUGAGGAAUGGAUCGGCGCGUUCCAUCGCAACUUUCGCACCUGGCGCGUGCCGGAUGUGUUGCUCCCCGAGGGGUUGAGGAUCGAGGCUGGGUUUGUGGUGCAUGUUGGGAUUUUGAGGGAGGCUGGGUGGGAUUUCUAGAUGCUCCUCCUCUGAGUAGCUCUAAACACAGCAGCGAUUCAUCAUUACUAUCCUUCACAUCACGAUCUCCAUUGAAGAUAUACAAAGUCGUAAUAGUCACCAUGGCAAGAGGUUGGAA